AUGCUACAAUACACAACGCUCCUUUCGAUAAUAUCGCUGCUGUCUAUCGCAAGUGUGACGAACGCUGCUAAUGCAGAUCAGUGGAAAGGGAAAUCGAUAUAUCAACUAUUCACAGAUCGAUUCGCACCUCCUUCUGCAACUGCUCCAGCUAGGACAUCACCUCUGCCUGAGACAUGUGAUCCCAUACAACAGACAUGGUGUGGUGGUACAUGGCUUUCAAUCAUUGAUAAAUUAGAUUACAUUCAGGGAAUGGGUUUCGAUGCUGUCUGGAUAUCGCCCGUUUCCCAGAACAUCGACGUCUACACACCAUACAACUAUGCCUAUCACGGGUACUGGGUGAAUGACCCAUUGGUCCUCAACCCUCGAUUCGGUUCAUCGGACGACUUGAAAGCUUUAUCAAAUGCUUUACACGCUAGGGGGAUGUACCUCAUGGUCGACGUAGUGGUCAAUAAUAUCCCCAGUCUUAACGCCUACGACGCCGUGAACUCGACUGCCCUCAAAUUAGAUGGAUCACUAUGGACCGACCCAUCUGAAUUCCAUCCUCAAUGCUGGAUCGAUUACUCCAAUCAAACAUCAGUCGAGAACUGUUGGUUAGGAGACGACAAAGUCGCUUUGAUGGAUGUCAACACCGAAAACCCAACUGUCGUCUCUACACUGAACAGUUGGAUCGGUAAUUUAACUUCUACAUAUGGUAUAGACGGUCUGCGAAUCGACGCGGCAAAGCAUGUCCCGGGUACAUUCUGGACCAAAUUCUGUGCUGCAUCAGGUGUAUUCUGUAUUGGAGAAGUAUACGGAUCGGAUAUCAAUUUCGCAGCUUCAUUCCAAACUGAAAAAUGGAUGGAUUCCGUCUUGGGUUAUCCAUUAUAUUACGGAAUAGUAAAUGGAUUCGGUACACCUUCAGGAAACAUGUCCAGUUUCGUUGAGAUUGCUCAGCAGACCUUGGCGACCUUCCCUCAACCAGGUUUAUUAGGAAACUUUAUUGAAAAUCACGAUUUACCCCGAUGGAGGAACACCACUUCGGACUCUCAAUUGGCGUACAAUGCGAUGGUUGCCCAGUUCAUAUUCGAUGGAUUACCAAUAGUCUAUUAUGGACAGGAACAAGAUUUCUCGCAUGGUGCUGGAGAUCCAUAUAACCGUGCUGCCCUCUGGCCAUCGAAUUAUGCCAAUACAACUACAUACCAACAUAUUAGACGAUUGAACGAUAUUAGACAUGCGGUAAUUACCAACGGCACUCAAUUUAAUGGGAAAAACUUCUUGGAUUCUCAGACUACCAUUGUCGCGUCGACCAAGACCGAUGUGGCGUUUAGGAAAGGCCCUUUACUUGCUGUGUUGACUAAUCGAGGAAGUCCAAGUGUUGCACAGGCAUUCGGUGUACCUACCAGCGGUUGGUCAGCUCAGUCGGCUGUCAUUGACCUCUUGUCAUGUAAACAAUACGCUGUCGGAUCAGGAGGUGCUAUCUCAGUAUCAUACGCCGCAUCAGGAUAUGGGGGUAUGCCUUAUAUCUUCGUCUCCCAAACCGACGCUGCUGCUCUGAAGAUUUGCGGUGAUGUGGGAGUAGCCACAUACGUCUCUGCCAACUCCACCACCCAAGCUUCCUCAGCCUCUACCACUGUACCCAUACAAGCUUCCAAGGAACUCUUGUCGGUCCUUGCAGCUGGUUUGGUUGGUUUGGCAGUAACUCUAUCAUUGGUAUAG